CAGAACCACAGUAAAACAUGUAGAGUUCAGGAGAGAGAAACUAACUAAAAUUAAAAAGUCUAUAAAAAUAAAUAAGUAUCUUGACAGACUCAAAGAGCUGAGAAUGCCGACAUAUCCACAGUGGUGGUCUUCCAUCCCACCAGUGUAGCAGAGACAUUCAGGUAAAAGGUGACAUCACCCACUGGGGGCUUUCAUCUGACAAAACGAAGGCCUUUCAUCGGCGGUAGUAACACAUUAGGGAUGUUAAAUGCCACCGCAGACUCUCACAGAAGGAAGACAUCAUUUACCCAUAAAAUACCAACCUAAAGAAAUCAAUGUCCAAACCUCGUGCUCAACUGUAUGCAUUGAGUUUUGCAGCAAAACUAAUUUCACAGCCAUGAUCCAAGAAAGCACUUACUCAAAAGACACAAGAAUCACACAAAAAUUUGUGUUGUGUCAGCUGCCACCGCAAUGGGAAGUCCUACCAGUUCACCGGGGUCCUAAGCCCCCAUCACACCCAAACAGCAUUGCAGUUUAUACAAACAAUGGACCGAACAGCAGCCUCAUCUAUAAGGGAUACAUCUGUCCAUCGCAUCCUACCCAGGUCCCCAUGACAUCAGUCAUGCCGCCAACAGAAAAGUCCAUAAGAGAGCAGCUCUUUGAAUCUCGAUAUCUACAACUGGUUGAGAAGGUCAGAGCCAAGGACUCCGAGGCACAAGCUCAGGCAAGAAACCUGACUGUGCUUUCAAGUCAGUCGAACAGUACCAGAGCGGCAGAAGCUCAGACCAGGAGCCUGUCUGUGCAGCCAAGUCAGGUGAAUGGUAACAGAGCUGCAGAGACUCCCACCAGGACCAUCUUGGUGCAGACCAAUCAACAAAGCAACAACAGAAAGGCGGACUCUACCACAUGCAGCACGACAAGGCAAAUAGUCGUAAAAGCAGAGGCGAGCGGCACGCAAAACCAAGAGGACGGCUCAUCUAAUAAAGUAGGUAAGCCUCAGAAUUCCAGUUAUCCACUUCCUUAUGAUAUCCUCAGCGGAGGAGAGAGUUUCCUCGCACACGAAGAGCCGUGGGGUAAUCCAGAGGAGGAAGACGUUAUUGAGAUGAUAACGCUAUGAUGGAGAUAGUUCAGCUC